GUACAAACUAGGUUGAUAAAAAAAUGUUAGCUCUGCGUCCACUUUCGUUCGAUCUACUAGAAGUGGCUAAAAGCGAGCUAAAUGAAGAUCCUAGACAGUUAACAAGUCAAAUUGAUGUUAUUAAAAGUUGGUUAAAUGAAUGCACUACGCUGAGUGGGCCAAUGCAGGAUCAAGUUCUGUUAUCGUUUCUACGCGGGUGUAAAUUUAGCUUAGUGAAAGUAAAGGAGAAACUGUCUCUGUUCUUCUGGACCAGAACCAUACUUCAACAGGUAGUACAAAAUCGGGAUCCAUUAGAUGAACACGUACUACAAAUCAUCAGAUUGGGAGUUGGGAUACCCUUGCCAAAAACGAUCAACCCAAAGGAUCCAAAAAUUUUCGUGAUUCGUGUUGCUCAAUUCGAUACCGAAAAAUGUUCCUUCGCUGAUGUGAUCAAAGUAGGAACAAUGAUCAACGACAUCUUGAUGCGAGACGACGAUCAGGUUGUAGUAUGUGGAAUGUCAUUGAUAAUAGACCUAGCGAAAGUCAAGGCUGCCCAUCUGUUACAACUCGACAUGGAGUUUUUGAGACACGUUGCCAUUUUGUAUCAAGACGCCAGCCCCUUCAGGAUGCAAGGAAUUCAUAUUCUCAAUCCUCCUCCAGGAAUGCAAACCGUGUUGUCAAUUUUCAAGAGUUUACUUUCAGACAAAAAUCAAGAUAAAAGAAUACUCGCACAUGGCUCUAGUUUGGCCUCUCUUCAUCAGCACUUCCCACAAGAAAUUUUGCCGGCAGAAUACGAUGGACUACUUGGACCGAUUCAAGAGUGCCUAGACUUUUGGGAAGCUAAGCUCAUAAACAAUAGAGAUUAUCUGCUUGAUAUGUCGAAGCUGCGAGAUAGUCGAGCUGAUGCAACAACUGAAUCCAUAGCACUGAAGCCACCGGGAUGUUCGAAAGAAAAUGAGCUUUUUGGCAUUGAAGGAUCAUUUAGGAAAUUGGAGUUAGAUUAACUUAAAUUUCAGAUCGGUAAAAUCCGUUGAAGGUAUGCAAGUUCAGACAAAUAAAUAAAUAUCUUAAGUUGCCUGAAAUUGAUCUACAAGACAAAUAAAAUUAGACGGCUUAAGGCCCUAUAGAUGCACAGUGGAACAUGAGGGAGGAAAUUAUAUGGUCAGAUGCAGUUUUUCAUGAGGUGCCUCGUGAAGUUCAACGGAAAAAUUAUGACAGUUUCUGACUUCAACAUCUUGCGGGAUAGUCUGAAGAAUUCGAGGUUUGCUAUUAGCAGUCUUAAUAAAUACUAUAACACCAGAACCUCAAAUA